AUGACUCAACAAAAACUUUGCGCCUUGGCAGCAUUAAUUGCCUUGGUCUCCACGGAGAUGACCAUGCAAAACGUUGCCUAUAAAGCCACAAGGACGCCUUGCUGUAUGGAUACAUUGAUGCCAAAUGUAUGCAAAGCUCUAUACAAUCGGGACCACGAAAAGUUUACAAGACAAUGCAGAAGUAACGCUGACUUCUCAUUCAUUCAGUGCUGUCAUUCUUGCCAUUUCAAUCUUGAUAUGUUCACAAGUGACACAAUCCCAGUGCCUGCUGAUCUCUACCAGCAUGACGUAGAAGAGCUUCUUCUCCGUCAUCAUCCUGUUAACUGUUUCGAUCGUCACGGAACCCAAUUCUGCGAGGCGUUUGUGACUAGAACUGGAAUGUGGGGAAGAAAAGCGUUGACUUGUCAACACUCGGCAUUUGCUUUCAGGGUCUGCAGAAAGACCUGUGGAUUCUGUGCAUCAGUGAACAAGACAGCUACAGUAAGAUAUGACUCGAACUUGGCAAAGAACCCGAAAGCCUGCGAACGAUUGUUCUAG